GCACUGGCUGGAGCGAGCGGGUCUGUUGACAGCUGCUGACAGCUGGGGCAGGAGCAGGGGCCAAAGGGGGGCAGCGUCCUCAGUUCUCGGGUCCGCGAUCCUGGCAGCCUUCAGGUUUUGGCUGAACGAAAAGGACGCGCCUGCCUUCUGGUCACCGCUGCCGGGAAGGGCAGCGUGGUGUCUUGGGGACCGGUGGGCCCGGCGCGCUGACCGUGUUUCCCCUUUCCCGCCGAUUCCCCAUUUUCGCGGAGCCGGCUGUCCCCGGCUCUUGCGCGACGUUCCCUGGCCUUGCUGCCUGCCAGGGGCGCUGGAGGCCGGAGUCCCGGGGCCUGGCCGGGUCUGCGCACCCUGCGGUGGUGGAUGAGCGGCCCGGGCGGCGGGGGCUGAGCACGGCCCGGGACCCUCAGGGCCAGCUGCUGGCGGGAUGGACGCCCUGGAGGAGGUGUUUCGGGCCAACGGGAGCACAGCCCCGCCCCCGCCCGUGGCACCCAACAUCAGCGUGCCACAUCGCUGUCUGCUGCUGCUCUAUGAGGAUAUUGGCACCUCCAGGGUCCGGUACUGGGACGUCUUGCUGCUCGUCCCCAAUGUGCUUUUCUUCAUCUUCCUGCUUUGGAAGCUUCCGUUCGCUCGGGCCAAGAUCCGCGUCACCUCCAGCCCCAUUUUUAUCACCUUCUAUAUCCUGGUGUUCGUAGUGGCGCUGGUGGGCAUUGCCCGGGCCGUGGUGUCCAUGACGGUCAGCACCUCGGACGCUGCCACCGUUGCUGAUAAGAUCCUGUGGGAGAUUACCCGCUUCUUCCUGUUGGCCAUCGAGCUGAGUGUGGUCAUCCUGGGCCUUGCCUUUGGUCACCUGGAGAGCAAGUCAAGCAUCAAGCGGGUGCUGGCCAUCACCACAGUGCUGUCCCUGGCCUACUCUGUCACCCAGGGGACGCUGGAGAUCCUGUACCCUGAUGCCCACCUGUCGGCUGAGGACUUCAACAUCUAUGGGCAUGGGGGCCGCCAGUUCUGGCUGGUCAGCUCCUGCUUCUUCUUCCUGGUCUACUCUCUGGUGGUCGUGCUCCCCAAGACCCCGCUGAAGGAGCGCAUCUCCCUGCCUUCACGGAGGAGCUUCUACGUGUAUGCGGGCAUCCUGGCGCUGCUCAACCUGCUGCAGGGGCUGGGAAGCGCGCUGCUCUGCGCCGACAUCAUCGAGGGGCUCUGCUGUGUAGAUGCCACCACAUUUCUCUACUUCAGCUUCUUUGCGCCCCUCAUCUACGUGGCCUUCCUCCGGGGCUUCUUUGGCUCGGAGCCCAAGAUCCUCUUCUCCUACAAAUGCCAAGUGGACGAGACUGAGGAACCAGACGUGCACCUGCCCCAGCCUUACGCGGUGGCCCGGCGAGAGGGACCGGAGGCAGCAGGGGCCGCGAGUACACAGUUCGACUCGGCCGGAGGGGUGGCCUACCUGGACGACAUCGCCUCCAUGCCCUGCCACACUGGCAGCAUCAACAGCACAGACAGUGAGCGCUGGAAGGCUAUCAACGCCUGAGUGUGGCCACCCUGGCAGGAAGGCCUGCUGGGGCCUGCGGAGGGCAGACUGGAGAGAAGGCCAGGGCGUGCAAAGCCCCUGGUGGAGGAGGACGAGGUCGCAGGACCUUCUGUGGGCGGCAGCCCCGUGCAGGCCCUGUCCUGCCCUCUGCAUUGCCUGUGGCCACCUCUGCUCUAGCUGGGGGCCGCCUUCCCCUUGCACCUGCCCUCACCCUGCUCAGCGACACGGCCCAGACUCUGAUCUCCCAGGGCCUGCUGAGGGCGUCUCCUUUCUCCAAAGCCUGCGCACCCGGGACCGGUCUGGCCUUCCUUGUCCCUUCCAAAGUCCCCUCCCCGUGGCACUUUGGCCUCUUCAGAGCCCACUCUGGCAGGUGGGCUGAAGUGUGGAUAUUUUCUUGAUCUAUUUUUUAAUAAAAAACAAAAGGAGCAGAA